GCUUUACCACUUUACGAAGCACAGAAGCAAGUAUUCGGCGCGAGCACGUUUUGCAUAUUUGUUUGUAAACACUUUGAUAGCAUAAUGGCACCAAGUCCAGCUCGAGGGCGUGAAAAAGCAACGAAUGACACUACCGACGGAGGACGAAAAAAGGCUAGAUCAUCUUCCAGCUCUGGAAGCAGUAGUGGGAGUGGUCGGAGUUCCUCAUCGGACAGCUCAAGCUCGUCUGCUGCAUCUCAUAGUAGCUCAUCGUCCAGCAGUGGAUCAAGUUCAGAUUCUUCAUCUUCUCCAACGAGAGCAAGGGGAAGAACUCAGCGUGAAAGAAAACAAUCAACAUCUCCGAGAAGGCGCCGCCAACCUGCAUCGGGUACCAGAAGGUCAAGAUCACAUUCACCAAGAAGACAAAGAAGGGAACGGAGCCCUAGUCCUAAGCCAACAAAGCUUCAUAUUGGAAAACUAACUAAAAAUGUCACAAAAGACCAUGUUCAAGAGAUAUUUUCAUAUUUCGGAAAGGUCAAAAAUGUUGAUUUUCCCAUGGAUCGUCCAAAUGCCCCUCCUCGAUGUGUUGCAUAUGUUGAGUAUGAAACUCAUGAAGAGGCGCAAAAAGCACUCAAGUACAUGGAUGGGGGGCAAGUUGAUGGACAAGAAAUUUCUAUACAAGCAGUACUGCCUUUAAGAAGAAGACCGAUGCCUAGGAGGAGAACACCACCACCGUUAAUGAGAGGUCCUUGGUACCCACCACCACCCCCUCCUAUGUGGCGAAGAUCCCCACCAAGGAUGCCAAGGAGAAGGUCUCCGCCAAGACGACGGUCACCACCAAGAAGACGUCGACAAAGAUCAAGCUCAAGUGAUUCGCGUUGAAAAUUUUCCAUCCGAUAACAACAGUAAAAUUUUUCGGGCGAUUUUAUAAUUCAAGAUGUCUUACAAAAUGUUAGCGCUGUGCCAGUCUGCAGAGAAUGGAAUGAUGUGAACUUUUUUUAUCAUUUUUCAUUUUAUUGGGUCUAGUGUAUUAACUGAAUAAUAUUAAAUGUGAAACUCUUUUGUUUCA